AUGACAGCCUCCGUGCUCCUCCACCCCCGCUGGAUCGAGCCCACCGUCAUGUUUCUCUACGACAACGGCGGCGGCCUGGUCGCCGACGAACUCAACAAGAACAUGGAAGGGGCGGCGGCGGCCGCGGCAGCGGCUGCAGCUGCCGCAGCAGCCGGGGCCGGGGGCGGGGGCUUCCCCCACCCGGCCGCUGCGGCGGCAGGGGGAAAUUUUUCGGUGGCGGCAGCAGCCGCUGCCGCGGCAGCAGCGGCAGCCAACCAGUGCCGCAACCUGAUGGCGCACCCCGCGCCCCUGGCGCCUGGCGCGGCGGCCGCCUACAGCAGCGCGCCGGGGGAGGCGCCCCCGUCGGCCGCUGCCGCUGCCGCCGCCGCCGCUGCCGCCGCCGCCGCCGCCGCUGCCGCGUCGUCCUCUGGAGGGCCUGGCCCGGCCGGCCCGGCGAGUGCUGAGGCCGCCAAGCAAUGCAGCCCAUGUUCAGCGGCGGCGCAAAGCUCGUCGGGGCCCGCAGCGCUGCCCUAUGGCUAUUUUGGCAGCGGUUACUACCCGUGCGCCCGCAUGGGCCCGCAUCCCAACGCCAUCAAGUCGUGCGCUCAGCCGGCCUCGGCCGCCGCCGCCUUCGCGGACAAGUACAUGGAUACCGCCGGCCCAGCGGCCGAGGAGUUCAGCUCCCGCGCUAAGGAGUUCGCCUUCUACCACCAGGGCUACGCAGCCGGGCCUUACCACCACCAUCAGCCGGUUCCUGGCUACCUGGAUAUGCCGGUGGUGCCUGGCCUCGGGGGCCCCGGCGAGUCGCGCCACGAGCCCCUGGGUCUUCCCAUGGAAAGCUACCAGCCCUGGGCGCUACCCAAUGGCUGGAACGGCCAAAUGUACUGCCCCAAAGAGCAGGCGCAGCCUCCCCACCUCUGGAAGUCCACUCUGCCCGACGUGGUCUCCCAUCCUUCGGAUGCCAGCUCCUAUAGAAGGGGGAGAAAGAAGCGAGUGCCUUACACCAAGGUGCAAUUAAAAGAACUGGAACGGGAAUACGCCACGAACAAAUUCAUUACCAAGGACAAACGGAGGAGGAUAUCAGCCACCACGAACCUCUCGGAGCGGCAAGUCACAAUCUGGUUCCAAAACAGGAGGGUUAAAGAGAAAAAAGUGAUUAACAAACUGAAGACCACUAGUUAAUGGAUUAAAAAAUGGGGCAAGAAGGCAAUUUGAAGAAAUGCUUCAGAACUCGUUGCUUUUGCUCAGAUAAUAAUAUAGCUUAAUUAUAAUUGAAGAAUGAGAAAGACAAAGAGAGAAACUGACAUGUUACUCUCCAAAGGGAGAGAUCUUUCUCUUUAGUGGAAUCUACAAUUGUUUUAAAACUUUUCAAAAUGGUAAAGACUGCCAGCUCUCCCGCCAACCCCACCAGCCCAGCCCGUUAAGUGACAAAUUCUAGACAAACGUCAACCCCCAAAUGCGCAAUUUCAGAUAAGGUGCGCAGUUACUGAAAUCUUGUAAGUAUUUAUGUGACUUAUAUUUUAGGACAUUGUGUUAGAUGGUAAUAAUCUGAAAGUUGGUUACAGGAACAAGAAACUGUUGUAAACAUCUGCUUGCCCUUAGAUUGCCAUUCCCUUUGCAUGUUAAGUGCCCGCUCAGGUUAAUCUUAGUGAAAUUCCUACCCUUGUCUUAUGUUCUACAAAAUGUUUAUGUAUAGAUAUUGAGGGGAAAAGAGAAGGUACUGAAAUAAUGAUCUUGGACUAUUUGCUGUGAAGGGAGAAAGGGAGAGAAAGAUCUUCCAAGGAUCAUUUGUCCUGGGAGUAAAAACAAACAUCUGAACCUUUGAGGCUACAAGGGAACCCCGGGUUGUUAAUGUCCUUCUGAGAAUAAUUUUUAAUUGUUUAUAACAAGCAUAGUUUGUGGCAUAUAGACUAUAUUUCCUGCCCCAUAUCAGUUAUUUUCCAAAGGAUUUGGUUUCUUCUUCUUCUUCUUUAUUUUAUUAUUAUUAUUAUUAUUUUUACAAAUCUUACAUCAUCACACAAUCCACAGGAUUCAUAUUAUGGCAGCUCUCCCAGGGGGGUCCCACACAACUUGAUGGACACAAUUCAUUUUUUAAAUUUAAAUUGGCAUUUCCCAAUAUUUGCUAACCAAUUUUGCCAGAGAAAUUGUCCUUUCUUAUUUUUUAGAAAACUCAAUGAAUAUCUAUUCCCUGGAAACAUUUAAGUAUCUAUUUUCUUUAUUUUGAACUAUUAAAGGAUUAGUAUUUUUCCUAGUUUAUUGUGUUAUCAGAAUCCAUUAGAAAGAUUAGGGAUUCACGUCUCAGCACAUUUUUAAUCAAGCAAUUAUUUAAACCAGCACAUUGGUUUUGUUCAUAUUCACUAUAAAAUUCACUAUAAAAUGAUAUCUUGUAAAUAAAGACAUUCAGCACACUGUGAAAAUGUAUUCGUGCACCUGCUUUUAAAAUAUUUCUAUGAAAAUGAAAAAAGUUAAACCUGUAGAUAGUGAUAUUGGUAUUAAUUCUGUUAAUAAAAUAGUCACAGCCAUUAAAAUCUGAAGAAAUACUGAUUACUUUCCUAUGCUAUAUGUGCACUGCACAGAAGGAAAAGGAGCAGGAAGAAGUGAAGCACGUUUGUCUUAU